AUGGCUGAGAAUGUCCCACCGGGCUCUGCGACUAAGCCUGCGGCAAGUGCAGAUCGACCUGGUCUCCCAUACUACGAAAAGCUGAGGAGGGACUUACGCGACACUUUGCAGAAGAAGCGAAUACUCGACCGCAACCUUGCCGCCAUAGAAGAUCAAAUCUACCGACAAGAAACCGCAUACCUAGAAGAAACGUCCGUGGCCGGAAACAUCGUCAAAGGAUUCGACAACUACAUCAAGGCAUCGGCGGUUUCAGCCGCUGCCAGUUCAGCAGGAACAAUAUCUGGAAGUGCUGUUGGCGGCGGAUUAGGAGCUGGACGACGCAAGGCCGUUGUGAACGACGGAGAUCGUGCGUUCUCUCGAAGUUCGGUGUUAUACAUGAGAGAUUCGGAUUCCCCCAGCAGUGCCACCAGCACACCAAACCACUCGGCAACGCCGACAGGAAGUUUCACAGCGGAGAAAGGGGGGGGUAAGAAAAAGAAGAAGAGCUUGGCUACAAAUGAUGACGAUACGGAUGGGAAGUCGAACAAGCGACAAAAGAUAUCGUUUGGCAGUUCGAGGAAAAUUCAGGACGAUUGA